CAUGCCGCCUUGCGAUGAAAUGCUGGUGCUCUGCAGAUGGUAUUCUUGGUGGGACUAAGCCACACCCGUUAGCGUGGGAUGACGCUAUGAACCCUUUUUUGUUAUGGUUGAUGUUUUAAUUCAUUGUUUGCCAUGGUUACAGACUUAAUAUGUGUGUUACGUUUAUCUGCUCUGUUUGACUGUUGAUGCAUUUGGAUCUUAGUCCUGUUGCAUGAUUGAUGCCGAAAUGACUGGGUUUCAAUUCUAUAGUUAGCACUAUGUGGCAGUGGCCUUAGUCUUUUUAUAGCUUCUUGUUAUAGUGAUUACUAAAUUUAGGUGCCACACUGUUGCUUGUCUCUUUUCUUCCCAAUACGCUACGAACCAGAUAUAUUGCACUGUGCAGAUGAUUUGAUGCUUUUACCCUUUGCUUGGUAUGGUCAAUGGUAUUAUAUUCUGUUGAAGUCUUAGGAUCUUGCCUAUGUCAUUUGUAAUUUGCAUUCUCAGUUGAUUCAAGUAGGAACCUACAUGUUCUCUUCAUGGCAGAUUGGCAGGUCCAUGUAGUCAAUUUGUAGUUUACUUAUAGUCCAUAUUGAUUUUCUGUUGUAGUCUUAGGAUCUUUCCUAUGUCAUUUGUAAUUUGCAUUCUCAGUUGAUUCAUGUAGGAACCUACAUGUUCUCUUCAUGGCAUAUUGGCAGGUCCAUGUAUUAUAGUCAAUUUGUAGUUUACUUAUAGUCCAUAUUGGUUUUGGUCUAGACUAUGGGUCCUCGUGUGUUUUGUGUACUUGGCUUCUGGUCUAUCCAUGAAUGCAUUAGCUUGACUACAUAUGCUCCCUACUAACAUGGUAACACAGCAUAGUUCUGAAAACCUCUAGUUGGCUUCACCAAUUUGCUCUUGCCAGUUGCCACAAACAAAUAAGGCAUGGGAAGAGAACUAGAGCACUAGUUUGUAUUAGUUCCCUUCUGUUACCAUAUUGCUUUUGGUCUAGACUGAGUCCUCAUGAAUCCCUAUUUUCCUAGCAUGUUACAAGAGAUGGACGGCAUCAAAGAAACUCUGUACUUCUCCACCAAUCCGUAGUUGGCAUGGAAUGAAUCAAUGCUUUUGUUUUUUUGGGGGUUGCUGCUAUCAGAAUGAAUCAGUGCUUUGGUUUUUCAGGGGAGAGCCCAUGUAAUUGACACACUUACACCUAGUAAGCUCCCUGUGGUGUUUGAAUUGCAAUGCCACUUUUGGCUACCUUUUCAUCCUCCAUUUUGGAUCUAAAGCGUGCACCAUCUUGUCGCUGUUGUGCAUUGAUGACCUCUAUCGCACCAUUUGGACCUACAUGGAAAGCGAUACCAGUUGCGUUGCAUUAUCUUGUGUUGGUGUUUCUAGCCUCAUUGCAAUGACCAUUCAGGUUUCCUUGCUGCAUCUUGUGCUGUCGAGUUACUGUUUCAUGGGCAGACUUGUAUCACUUGCUUUCCCUCAUGAUAUCACAUUCUCAGCUUUUCUCCAUUGACCUUAUUCUACAUCCUUUGGAUUUUUAUGUUUAAAGGAUUUUUUUAGUUUAAUCAAAGUUACAUGGCCUUCUAUUUUUUUUUGAAGCCAUUCCAAAUUUAGAACAUUUGGUGAUUAUUUCCUUGGUUUGGCACUUGCCAUUCUUAUCUGAUCUAAUGAUGUGUACCAUGCUCGUUCUUCUUUUAGGUUGAUCACAGUCCAUCUUGGACCGAGUUCAAUCUCCACUCUUCUGCCGCAUUUAUCAUGGCCUGUUAUCAUCGAUUCAGUUUUUCACUUGAGUCCUCUUUUUUUAGCCUUCUUCUGAUUUGUUGCCUUUGUUGUGACUUGACUAUCUUAGUCUUCUUUUCAUCACCAUCUUGCUAAUUGUUGCCACCAUUGCUGCUUACAAUCAUCACCACCUUUUUUUUUUUUGCAAUUGUUCGGUGAAUCCUUUUAUGCCUAUACUAGCCAGUGUGAUUGUCUUUGUCUCUAUGCUAUUGGUUUUAUAUAAUAGAUUUAUGCAUCUUUUUUUCUACAUUUCCACCAACUUUUUAGAUAGUAUGAUGUGAAAGUGACUGUCCUUUGUUUGCGUACGAAGACUUCCGUUUUGGAAGGCUAACAUCAUGUAGAGAGGAUGUUGUUUGCUCUUCCAACAUGUGCAUUUGAUCAAAUAGCAGCAUAGUAUGGCUUGCUGCAUAAUUUUGUAGCUUAUAGGUUUUAUGUAAGAGUACAUACCAUUUAAUUUUAACUUUUAAGGCUACUUGGACAUGGGCACCUUCGUUAGAAAUCAACACUUGGAUUUAGGUGUUCGAUUUGGCAAUUAAACAUGCAUAUUACUAAUUAGAAAUGGACAUGAUUCAAUUUGGAUUCAGGUGUUUAAUUUGGUAAUUUUUUUUUUGACAUGGGUGUUUGAGUGGAAUAGCACUUCAUAUUUUUUUAUAAUUUACUAAGGGAGGCCAUCUUUGGUCCUAUUAUUGUAGUCUAAUGAUCUCAUGAUAGUGAUUUGACGAUAAAAUGUUACUGUUGUUGGGCUCGUAGGCAUAUGGGCCUAUUAGAACCAAUCAUAAUUGGCAUAUUUGUCUUGAAUGAAUGCCAACAGAUACAUGUCUUCUGUUUAUGUAUAGGAGAUGUUGGGAAAAUGUUUGAUAAGAACAUGGAAUAGGAGAUGUUGGGGAAAUGUUUAUAAGAACAUGGAAACCAUUAAGGAAUUGGAAGACAUAGGUUAUCGUGGCAGCCGAGGUGGUCAAUCCCAAAGAUUAAAAGUUGCUUUUUUAGAUGUCUAAUUUCCUUUUUCCAUGUUAUGUACUUAUGUAGACUGAUAUCUUUUGUAGUUAUUUCUGCCUCUUAUAAGCUCUUGGUAGGAGGUAUUUUCUAUCAGGGCCCCAUGUUUGAGAUAGAACAAUCAACAAAGUAGUACUCCCGCAAAGUCUAUAGUUUCUCUCCCCAUGUGCUUCUCUCCUUCAAGCCAAUAUUGUAUGAUCUCCACCUAGUACUUACCAUGUUAUGAGCCAAGGCUCAAGUCAGAUUACCGAGUAUCCAUAUUAGAGGAGAGUGUAGAUUGUAUACCCAUUUUCUGUUUCUAUCUCAUUUUGAUGAUCUCUUGUACCGGUAUAUUGGCUAGGGUCCUAGUUGGCUAUAUAUAUCACAACUGCCCCCCUCCCCAACCCUGCAACAGGUGUGAGCCGUUUUCCCUAAUUCUAUCUUUCUACAUGGUAUUAGAUUCAGAGUUCUUACCUUUUCCGGUGCCCUAGCGCUGCUGCGUCCUCUUGGCCAUGCGAUCUCGCACACCUUCUGUACGUUGACGACAUGUCUGCACUCCGAGUUCGCCAUGACAGACCUUGGCGACCUCCAUCACUUCUUCCUCUGCAUCUCCGUCAAGUGCUCCUCCGACGGCCUAUUCCUGUCUCAAUGACAAUGCACCGUGGAUCUACUUCAACGAGCAGGCAUGGUCGAGUUCUACUCUACUGCGACACCAACGGAUGCACAUGCUAAGCUGUAUGUCAGAGACAGUCCACCUCUUGAUAACCCAGUGGAGUAUAUAGGAGUCUCGCCGAUGCUUUGCACUACCUCAAGUCGACUCAACCGGAUCUGGUGUAUGUCGUUCAACAGGUGAGCCUCUUCAUGCAUGAUCCUUGACAAGCGGAUUCUCCGCUACGUGAAGGGCACUCUCUCCAUCGGCCUUCACAUUGGCACCGACAAAGUCCAGGCUUACACCGACGUGGACUGGGCUAGUUGUCCUAACUCAUGCCGCUCCACAUCAAGCUACUACAUCUUCCUUGGAGAUAAUCUAGUUGCUUGGUCUUCGAAGCACCAGACCACUGUCUCCCUUUCUAGUGCUGAGGCAAAUAUCAUGCUGCAACCCACGUCGCCGUCGAGUGUUGUUGGUUGUGGCAAUUACUUAAGAAACUUCAUAUUCGGCCAUCAUUGUCUACUACGAUAACGUUAGUGCUGUCUAUAUGACAACCAAUCCGGUUCAUCGUCGCGCGAAGCAUAUCGAGAUUGACAUUCACUUUGUUUCUGAGAAGGUUGCUUUGGGGCAGGUUCAUGUGCUACAUGUCCUGUCUUCUCACCAGUUUGCGUACAUCAUGACCAAAAGCCUACCUAUUUAGUUAUUUACUGAUUUUAGGUCGAGUCUUUGCGUUUGUGAUCCUCCCGUUGCAAAUGCGGGCGGGUAUUGGAGGAAAGUGUAUAUUGUAUAACUUUUUUUUUGUUUCUAUCUCCUCUUUUCGAGGAUCUCUUGUAACUACCGGUAUAUUGGCUAUAUAUAUAACAACCGCCCCCACUGUUGGGGGAAUGGCUCCGGAUGACGGAGCCGGCCUCCGUCAGUAGGGAAACUCUGCCCGGAGCCAUCCACCAAGGGAGAAUGACCGAAGGCAACAGCUACCCCGAUGAUCGAGUCCGACUAAAGGCUUCAGAGCCGACCAAGGGCUCCGAAGCACAUCACCAACUCCGAAGCUGACCAACCGCCCCAGUGCCUACCAUAGGCUUCGGAGCAGACCAACGGCUCCGGAGCAGACCAACAACUCUGGAGCAGAUCAAUGACUCCAGAGCGAAUCAAUGACUCUAGAGCCAAUCACUGGCUUCGGAGCUAACCAAUGGCUCCGAAGCAGAUCGAAGGCCCGAAGUGUCCGGGGAGCUAAAAUACUCGAGCGUGGAGAAAUGGUUCACGAGCGUAGUGGGGCACCAUUAAUACGCACUACGCAUCCGCCAACCACCUCUGACAUCCUAACAAGGGCAAGAUGGCAUCCGCUAUUAUCCGGGGGCAUGCCUUUACCUGGAUAAUAGCCAUCACCCUCGGGAAGCGUCAUCGCUUCCUUAAUGGGCGCAGCCCUCCCUGUCUCUAGGGGUUUUACCGACUGCCCUAGGGCUGGCCCACCGGCCAGCCGCUCUACAUCUUAUCUAGCUAGGGUAAAGAUGUAACUUCCUCUUGUACCCCAUGUAUAAAUAUGUAAGCAUUGUCCACAGUUAGGGACAGAUUGAGUACAAAAUACACAUUGAAUACACUGUUUGGACUUUGUUCCAACACCCACCAUAUAUGUGAAGAGUUUUCCCUAAUUCUAUCUUUCUACAAUCCACACUUUUAACGUCACAACAACCAUUGACAACAUGAACAACCACCUUCAAUAACAUUGCGUCUAUGGUAGAUGAUAUUAUAUCAUCAUUGGUCAAGUGGGUUAUGUUGUUUUCUGUGGCAUUUUAAUAGUUGUGCUGACACCCAUGCCAACUCCAUCUCAAACGAUCGUCUUCGGCUCCAUCACUGGCCUUGUCAAAGAAAAAGAAGACUCUUAUCUUGAGUUCUCUUGGUGUUGACAUUGGCAGUGGCCAAUGGGACAUGCCUUAUGUCAUGUUGAGCGCAACAUAUUGCCAAUUGUUACCAAGUCCCGCGAUUAGUCGUAAAGUUGGUCAAGCCACACGACUAGAGUGCCACGACUUGACUGAAUAGCAAGCCACACGAUUAAUCGUGGUUAGUUGUAAAUUUAGUAAGAGAUGAUCGUGCAUAUCUCUACUUGUAAAUGAUGGUAAGACGACCAUAUAUAGAAUUAAUCAAUAACAUACCACAAACACAAAACGUUUCUCACAUCACUGAAGAACGUAUAGAUUUAGACAUAUUGAAAUAGCUAAUCUUUAUUUCCUUGAUGGACAAACAAUGUCGAACCAUAUUUUAGAUAGCUACAAUAACAUAAAAUCAGGAAGUAAAACACAUACGGAUGAAUGAUUGGAAUGUAAAGCAAAGUUUCCACUACUUGAUUGGAGUAAAAAAUCGGAUUGGACAGAUUGAAGAAAGUAUUUUCUUACUUGUUUUGCGUAUGGAGUUUGGCACGUGAGAAUUGUAGCUCUCCGCACAACGGCUUUUUUAGAAUUGUUCAACUAGAUCCCUGCAAUUUAUUUUUUUAGAAUUGUUCAAUUGGCAAGUGAGAUGUUUUGUCAGAUUAUAUGUGCUGGAAUUAUGACAUCAAAUUUAUUAGUAUAUAUAUAUAUAUAUAUAUUUAUUUUAAUGAUGUCACAAUUUUCGCGUGCCUUUUCAUGGAGUUGGUAGACUUAGUCUAUACUCCCUAGACCUUACCCUUUAUAUAUGGCCUAUCAUCCUAGACUCCUUGCAAUCCAUCUCCUCAAUUGAAGUAUUGAAAAAAUAGGUGGAAAAGAGGAAGGGUUAGGAAGAGAUCAUCUAAGAGAGGGAAGGGGGAAGGGUGAGGGAGAGAUCAUCUCUAACUUGCUUCUUCAGCGCUCUUUUGCAAUCAAUGCUGAAUCUCUCUUGAACUGAUAGGACAGCGAGCGAUUCGCAAAUCUGUCCAUCUGGAGAACAAAUGCUGCAGAUGGAGCGCAUUUGACUGAGUUUGCUGUGCAGCUGCCACAUUUUGAGGGGCUUCACUUAAAGAACACUGCUCUUUAUGAUGGGAAUCAGUUUAUGCCAGCAUUUGGUCUUGCUCAUUGUCUGAGCAUGAGACAACAAUUUACUUCCAUGGACCGUGAUAUCAUGGCUGAUGGAAACAUAGUGCAAAGGUCAAUUCAUUUGCGCAGAAAGAGAAGGGAUCUUCCACAGACAUCAUCAUUACCCAAGUUUGCUGAGAACCACGAGCUUGGAAGUGCCAAUAUCUUUAUGGAUCCAUCUUUUUACACAAAAGCAACAGAGUCUAGUUCUACAGAAAACAAAAGUUCAUCAAAGCCUCCAAAAUUUCUUGGGGAAAAUAGUAGCCGUCGACCACAUCAUCGUACUGUUGGCCUACCUGUUCAAUAUAGUGAUUUCUUUAUCACCAGUUUGGGAGAAAUCGAUAAAAGGCCAAGCUACCAUAAUUCCUACCAGAUAUGGCCAGUUGGUUUUACGUCUUACUGGCAUGACAGAAUUACUGGUUCACUGUUCGAGUGUGAGGUGUGUGACGGAGGGAAUUUUGGGCCUUUGUUUAAGGUGAGAAGGAUAUCAUGUUCAGUGUUCCCUCUUCCAGAUGCAUCAACAAUUCUCUCUCAAAAUAGUACAAGAAAGGCUGAGACAAUAGAAACAAAUGAAAACAACACUUUGCUUGAAGAUACUGCUAAUGAUACAGAUGAUAAUAUCUUAAUGCUCCUAUCAGACUCUUCUGAGACCAAUCAAGAUUUGUUAUCAUGUUUUAGCAAUGAUAUGGAGAGCAAAAUGACUUCUUUAGGUUGCAAUGAUUUGCAUAGUUCAAAUAGGUCGGUACCAACAGUACCGUCACACUCUGGGACUGACAAAAUUGGCGAGUUUACGUUUGAGGGAACAUCUCCUUCCUCAGUAUGGAGGAUGAUUUCUUGUGCUAUGAUGGAAGCUUGUGAAAAAAUGUACAAGGAACAUGGCCAUUUGGUGUUCUUCUGCACACAUGGUACUGAAAAGCAUUCAUUUGACAGUGGGAGUGGAUUUCAGGACUUUAAUGGUCCUUACACUCCAUUAACUAGAUUUUGCUCAUCUUAUGGGCCCAGUAUACCGAGAAUUGUAGAAAAGGAGAAUGAUGUGGAGCCUACUUAUUCACUACUCAAAGAAUGGCUAUACCAAGAUAGAAUUGGGUUUGACUUGGAAUUCGUUCAAGAAAUUGUAGAAUCUCUUCCUAGAUCUAGGGCUUGUUCAAAUUACCAGUUCUUGUGCAACAGGGCUGAAUUCGUCUCUUCUUUGACAGUUGCAAGUGGUUCACUUAGAGUUGUACAUAAAAAUGGUCAGAGUAAUGGAGACGUCAUGUCAUAUGGCAGACAUGGGUCUGUGGUGACUGGGCUACAGGAUCAUACCCAGCCUAGUGGUUUUAGAAUCCGUGAACUUCCUCUGGGACGUCCUAUUAGCAAUAAGCUUCCGCCAGAGUUGGCAGGAGAGGUUCUCCAGAUAUGGGAAUUCCUGGGACGUUUCUCUGAAAUAAUUGGCCUGAAAGAAAUUCCUUCAUAUGAGCAGCUAGAAGAUGAACUUAUUGACCCAUGGCCAAUUUGUGCAGAUCAGAAAGAGAAGUUAUCAAAUGACAUUCACAGGGAUCACACUUCGCCGAUUAAUUCCCCUGCAAAUGUUUCUACAUCAUAUUCAAAUGGUGAAUCGGGUCUAACCAGUAAUGAAGAGAUUGUAUCUUUGUUCAUCCCUGUUGAAACUUCUUCUAUGAAGAAAGCUGCUCAAGAUAAAUCGGCAGCUCAGACGCUUGGAAGAUGCAGUGGCGUAGUGUUGCCUGGGGUUCACCUUACACUCUUUAGGGUUCUUUUUGGUGAGCUAUUAUCUAAGGUUGCAAUUUUUGUAGAUCCAAACAUUGAUCCUAAAGAAUCAAAAACUAGGCGUGGAAGAAAGAAAGACACUGAGAAUCUCAUUUCAGCAAAAGAAUUUAAAUUUGACAUGCUAACAGCUAACAAGUUGACUUGGCCGGAAUUGGCAAGAAGGUAUAUUUUAGCCAUUUCGUCCAUAAGUGGGUGCAUGGAUUUAUCUGAUAUUUCAAGUCGAGAAGGAGUGAAAUUAUUCCGCUGUCUACAAGGUGAUGGUGGUAUUCUGUGUGGUGCACUACCUGGGGUUGCUGGCAUGGAAAAGGAUGCGUUGCUGCUUGUGGAGGCUGAAAAUUUGAUAUGCAAAUCUUCGGUGAAUGAAGAAAGUAAGGUUUUUAUGAUGGAUCAAAAGGAUACUGACAUGGUAGAUUCUCCUGAGGUGUCUGCUACUGAUAAUAAAACAUUGCCUGACUGGGCAAAAUCACUGGAGCCUGUGAGAAAAUUACCAACAAAUGUGGGGACACGAAUUAGAAAAUGCGUUUAUGAAUCUUUGGAGAGAAAACCUCCGGAAUGGGCAAGGAAAAUUUUGGAGCAUUCAAUCAGUAAAGAGGUCUACAAGGGUAAUGCAUCUGGACCAACUAAGAAAGCAGUUCUAUCUGUGUUGACAGAAGCAUGUCGUGUAAAAGUACCACAUAAUCCAGAAAAGCCAAGAAAAGAGAGAAAUGCUAUUUCCAUCUCAGAGGCUAUCUUGAAGAAGUGCCGUAUUGCCCUGCGCUCUGCUAUUUCCUCAGAUGAAUCCAAACUUUUUGGGAAUUUGCUCGGAACUACUCUAGUGAAUUCCAAUGAAAAUGAGGAUGAAGGCAUACUAGGAUUCCCUGGUAUGGUGUCCCGCCCUUUGGACUUCCGCACAAUUGAUAUAAGGUUGGCUAUGGGAGCUUACUAUGGAUCAUGGGAGGCUUUUCUUGAGGAUGUCCAGGAAGUAAUACGCAACCUGCACACUGCAUUUGGUGAUCGCCCUGAUGUGCUUGAAAUGGUUGUUGCAUUGUCUCAGAGUUUUGAGUCAUUGUACAAGACAGAGGUGCUUGACCUUGUUGAGAAAUUUGACAAAUACCUCUCGGACAAGAAUGCUGGUUCAGAAAUGCACGAGGAGCUACAUGAUAUUCUAACUGCAGCGAACAGCUUACCUAAAGCUCCAUGGGAAGAUGGCGUUUGCAAAGUAUGUGGUAUUGAUAGGGACGAUGAUAGUGUUCUGCUAUGUGACAAAUGUGACUCAGAAUACCACACUUACUGCUUGAAUCCCCCACUAGCCCGUAUACCAGAAGGGAACUGGUACUGUCCAUCAUGUAUGUUAGGUCAAACGAAAGCACAUCAUGAUCAGGGUGUUCAAGAUGUGAAACGGCAGCAAAAGAAAUUUGUUGGGGAGGAAGCCCAUGCCUUUCAAGAGGAACUUAAUAAAUUAGCUACAGCAAUGGAAGAGAAGGAAUAUUGGGACCUUAACAUGCAAGAGAGGAUAUAUUUACUGAAAUUUCUAUGCGACGAAAUGCUCAACACUGCUCUAAUUAGAGAACAUCUAGAUCAAUGUUCAGAUAAGUUAGGCGAUCUUCAGCAGAAGUUCCGUGCUUCAAAUUUUGAAUUGAAAGAUUUGAAAUAUAAGGAGGAGAUGAGGACUUCAUAUGCUAGACAAAGUAGAUCUAGUAAAACUGAACAGCAUUUUAACAACAGUUCUGGACCCGUGGAAAAUCAACAGCAGUGCACGCCCACAGCAUUGGACCAUCUGGAAGAGGCUGAACAGGGUAAUGUUGGAGUUAACCUAAACAACCCAGCUGAUGGGGUUCCUGAUGGGCAAUUGAAUGUAGGCAAGCCUUACAAAAGUGACAAAGACAUAUCCAGUGCAUCUAUGGUUGAAGAACGCAAAUCUUCAGGACUUUCUGAACAACCAUCAGGAAUGGCUAUUGACCAGAUUGAUGGGGAUGCUAUUGAUGAAGGGUCCCAGAGUUGUGAGAAGAGGUCAUUAGGUGCCAAGAGCAGUACAUGUGAUAACUUGAACUUGAAAGACACUGAAUUUAGCACACCUGGAAGAGAGUUGCCUGAUGAAAGAGCCAGCACAUCAUUCCAAGAUAAUCUUGAAGCAUCAUCAACUAAAUCAAUUGAGCUUGAUGCUGAUAAUAAUGAAAUGGAUACUUUAUCGGAUGACAUUUCAAAAUUGCAGGAUUCAAUUAGCUUACUAGAGUCACAGAUUAAUAUGGCAUCAUCGAGAAGAGAGUGUCUGGGUAAGGAUUCCAUUGGUCGAUUAUACUGGGUUAUAGGAAGACCGGGUAAACGUCCUUGGUUGGUGGCUGAUGGAAGCAUGCUGAAACCCAAGGAGAGAGAUAUCAGUAUGGUUAACAGUUAUCCCCCAUCUGCUUUUGAUUGCAAAGGUUGGAAUUCAGCAUCUAUUUUCAUUUAUGAAUCUGAUGAGGAAAUCCAGUGCCUUCUUGACUGGUUAAGAGACUAUGACCCAAGGGAGAAGGAACUGAAAGACUCUAUCUUGCAGUGGCAAAGACAUUUCUGUCAUCAAAGCAGUUCUCCUCUCGUUGAUCCUCCAAUUUCUGGUCCAAAGGGUGAACAGCUUAUGGAGCUUCCAAAUACCAAGGCUGCAGUAAUUUUGGAACAAAAGUAUGGUCUGCAAUUGGACCAGGACACAAGUGAUCUACCGAAAAAGCGAGGAAAGAAGAUAAAGUUAAGUUCUGAAGAUAGAACAUAUCGCUGCGACUGUUUGGAACCUGUAUGGCCUUCUCGAUACCAUUGUUUAACAUGUCAUGAGACUUAUCUCAUAUCUACAGAGUUUGAGGGGCAUAAUGAUGGAAAAUGCAGUAAAAUCCACCAGUCUCCUGAUGAAAGCAGAGAAAAUGAUGAGCCAAAAGUGAAGGUUACCAAAUCUGAUACGAAGGAAAAAGAUUCCCUUGAAUGUAGCUCUGUCAUUGAACCGUCCAGUGACAGAAAAUUGAUGCAAUGCCCAUAUGACUUUGAAGAAAUUUGCAGAAAGUUCGUCACAAAUGAUUCGAACAAGGAGACAGUAAAGCAGAUUGGACUUAAUGGGUCCAAUGGAGUUCCAUCAUUUGUGCCUUCACCUGCAUUUUUUCUUGAACCUGCAAUUGUACAAAGUCAAAACAGAAAAGAUGAUGAACUCAAGGAUUGGACCUCCUCUUUAGAGGAAUGCAAUGCAAUGUCUGCUCAAAAGCUAGUUCAAGAGGUUUCCAAAUCUGGUCAAAGUUGUCCUGGCAAUGUGGGUGAUGAGAAGGUGCAAAAAUCUAAAAAGCCCACCCCUGAUAAUACUUCUGGUGAGGAAGCACAUUCUACAACAGGCAAGCCAACACGAUUGCUAGCUGUUAAUGGGGGGUUGGUUCCAGAGUCAUCCUUGAGGCCUCUUAUAGGACGAAACUCUCACAUACUUAAGCAGCAAAAGAUAAACUUGCUUGACAUCGAAGCAGCCUUGCCUGAGGAGGCACUGAGAGCCUCAAAGUGUCAGCAAAUAAGAAGGCGUUCAUGGCGUGCAUUUGUCAAAGAUGCAGAAUCAAUAUCCCAGAUGGUUUUGGCGGCUAACUUGUUGGAGGGCAUGAUAAAAGCUGAGUUCUUGAAGAACGAUUGGUGGUACUGGUCUUCCUUCACAGCAGCUAUGAAGACAUCAACUGUAUCCUCACUCGCGCUCAGGGUCUACACUCUAGAUGAUUGUAUCAUCUACAGUAAGGAUCAAGUUCCAAGCGUUGAGCCAGCUGACAAUACAAGGUCUGGAAACAGAGGUGGGAGGAGGAGGAGAGAGCUUGAAUCCUUAGCAUCAUAAUGUAGGACUCUCCGUUGUAGACUCCAAAGUUAGAAGCCUCUCGGGCAGCAAAAGAAUAUUAUCCUGCUGUCAAGUAGAUCGAUGAUAGAUGAUACAAAGUCUUCUGUUAUGUCGUCGCUUAAGGAGGGUAGCGUGGUAGACAUCGUUCCGGUACCCCUGCAAGAGUUCAACCCUGACUGUGUUUUCUUUUACCUCGUAUCUACCAGCCUACCGUUUUUCGACUUCUGUUGUGGUUUUAGGUUCCAGAAGGAAGAAUUGGUACUCCAUGUGCGAGCAUUCGAUCUUGAUGCCACCAUGUAAAUUGUUUGAGGCACCUGCAAGUGCUGGCAUUUUGAUCUGAUCCGCCAGGAGUACCCGGUGCAAUUUUCUCUGUUGGACUAACCCUAUUCAUUGUAGAGGUUAUUCCAUAGGAGAUAGAGGAGACAUGUCAGGUAGGGAGGAUAUGUCUCAUUUUCUACCCACUUUCACUCUAUUAGCCGCAGUGGGUAGUGUAGCGGGUGUUAGUUUCUCAUUCUCAUGGUCUGUACUUAUGUCGUGUUUAGGGGGGGCGCUCUGGGGCGUUGUAUUGAUCAUUUGUUUGAUGUUUCUGGCAAGUUUGCAACAUCUGAUAGGAAUGUAGAUUCAUCUUGCGACAGAUAUAAUUUUGAUUGUAACUAAACUGAACUGAAACCAAUAAUGAUUAGUCAACAAUGAUUCGGCUGCCUGAGCGAGUGGUCGUAAUA